AUGGCUGCCACUACCUCCGCGUCCCCCUCCACUUCCCCCAGUGCCCUACAGAGCACCAACCAGCCCUCUACAUCGUCUGUGCACAGGGACGAGCUUGACGGGCUUGACUUUGAUGUCUUCGCUCCACCCGCUGCUGCCGCGGCCGCCAACGAGCUCACCCACCGGCCGACCGUUGGUCAGACUCGCCGGGCGUCAUCGCCCGUUGUCUGCGACCGACCUACCUCGGUCCAACGGACGUUGUUUCAUUCUGUCACCGUGGCAGCUCGUGACUCACGGUCAAUCGUCCCUUCCGGGCUGAACGACUUUCGUCCGCGCAUCCCGCUCACCGAGCUCGCCAUCGUUCGUCCGGAUCCGUUUGAACAUGUCGACAUUCCGCUGGGACUGCCCGUCGUUCCGCUCUACGAGGACGACUUUGUUGAUGCACUUCGCGCCUCGGUUGCUGUUCCUGCUGGCACCCAGUGGUCGUACCCUGCUCGACUCACGCUGUCCAAUCCGCAGUACAAGGUCUACAGCGUUGCUGUCAUUGACUCGUGGAACGAGGUCAUCGCCCUCACCGCCCCUAACCAUGGCGUCUCCACUCGCCUCAACUGGAUCCCGCGGCUGGUCGUUGGGUUCUAUCCGCACCAGCCUGUCAAGCCACUCUCGGGCGACGAGCUUGCCCGGAGUGUCUCGUCGUGGGCGUUGAACAACUCCGGCCGCUUCCAUCUGUUCUUCAACUACCUGCUCAUGGCCGACAAAGACUCGUUGCCUUCUGCCUCGACCAUGUACGAUGCUGCCAUUGCGCUCCGUGAUCUCAUCGACACCUCGCUUGGCUACGUGGCGAACUCGCGUGUCACUAUGGUUGUGGCGACCCGGAGGUCAAUCUGGGACGCCCUCUCGGCGCUCAUGGGCACCUUCCAGAAGUUCAAGGCCCUCCGCGCCGAGUCGUACCUCAUUGACCACGCCCGCCGUAACAAGCGGAACGAGAACAUCGUCACCGAGCCGCUGCCGCUGUCGCGUCUCGUGGUCGAGAUGCUUCUUCGCAUGAACGCCCGAGUCCGCCAGCUCAAUAUUGAUGGCAUUCUCGACUCACCGCUGGCACUGCCGCACUGGCGCAACCCCUCGCAGCGCCUCUCGGGCGACAUUGACCGCGCUGCCCGAGCUGCUGGACUUGUCCGCAACGCGCUGGAGGCCGCUGUCAUCGCCUACGAUGGCUCUCUCGAUGCUUACCCUGAUGUCGUUGAGGACUUUGCAGCGCUUGCCACCUCUCGUUUCAUCCGCAAGCACAUUGAUCAAGUUCUUGUCGACUCGCCGCGCGACACUGCCCUUGAUGCCAUCCUCAACCUUGGCAUGGGUCAUUCCCGCGAGACCUCGGAG